GCCCUCAGUGGAUUUGUACUUCUUCCGCUAUGCAGGAGUAGAAGCUGAUACCAUCAAGACGGAAGAAUGGACGUCAUGAGUUCAGUUAGGAUGAGUAAUAUUUUUAGUGUGUUUUACACAUUUUGUGUUUUCACCAAGUUUGCAUAUGCUGUUCAAGAAAGUACCAAUGGAAAGAGCGACCAAGAGUGUCAUAACUAUGCUGGGGGACACGUAUAUCCAGGAGAAGCAUUCCGUGUUCCCGUGUCAGAUCAUUCACUGCACCUCAGCAAAGCAAAAAUUUCAAAGCCUGCUCCUCACUGGGAGGGGACAGCUGUCAUUGAUGGAGAGUUCAAGGAACUGAAACUGUCUGACUACAAAGGAAAAUAUCUCAUCUUCUUCUUCUACCCACUGGACUUCACAUUUGUCUGUCCAACUGAGAUCAUUGCAUUCAGUGAUCGUGUCCAUGAAUUCCGUGCCAUCAAUGCAGAUGUGGUCGCAUGCUCGGUUGACUCUCAGUUCACCCACCUGGCCUGGAUCAACACACCCAGGAAUCAAGGUGGACUUGGAACAAUGAAAAUCCCUCUGCUCUCGGACCUCACACAUCAGAUAGCCAAGGACUAUGGUGUCUUUUUGGAGGACCACGGUCAUACACUCAGGGGCCUAUUCAUCAUCGAUGACAAAGGCGUUCUGAGGCAAAUCACCAUGAAUGACCUCCCUGUGGGGCGGUCUGUAGAUGAGACACUGCGGCUAGUUCAAGCCUUCCAGUACACUGACAAACAUGGAGAAGUGUGCCCAGCAGGGUGGAAACCAGGCAGUGACACGAUAAUCCCUGACCCUUCGGGCAAGCUGAAGUAUUUUGAUAAACUGAAUUGAAUGACCCAGUUUUCAAAAGCAACUGCCUGUUAAACACUUUGGUUGAAGUUCAAAAUAAAAUAGUUUUGAUAUUCUGGUG